AUUAAGUAACAUACUGAUUUAUACCGGUGCAAUUUUGAAAAACCUCUACAGAAAAUGGUCAAACCGGGGCGGAUUCCAUUUUUCAUAACUGAAACCGGACGCCGGGUGGCACUUUACGGAUCAACGACUCUAGCCGUGGGUCUAUUCGCCGGUCACUACCUACCGCACACGAUUGGUAUCGGAUAUUUUAAGGAGCUCUUCCAAGCUUACAAGAAUGGCCAAGAACGUCAGGUGUCGGAAAAGCUACAGCAACGCUUCAACCGUGCCAUACAGCUGCUUGAUCUGUCCGAACACGAGCGGAAAUACGUUUCCCCAUUCAUGGUGUACGGGUUCGAUGUGUUCAACGCGGGAUCUAUGAAGGCUCGCUACGGAGGUGUCGUUGGCAUUCCCAUCAAUUUUGACUAUGACAGCCCGGCCGAUAUUGAGAAAACCGAUAUGCUAAUCGGUAACCGGAAGGUGGACUGGUCAUCAGUGGGUGGAAAACUGCUGGAGGAAUGCUUGGUACUGUCCGAAGAUGAACAAGUCUUCGGAAUGGCUCGUGAGGUGUUGACACUGAACACCAAUAAGCGCCUCAUCCAGGCGGUCAUACCAACCUUUACAUGGGUGUUCACAUACAGCACAGCAUCUUUGAUCAAUCAGAAGUGCAACUUCUAUGUCAGGCCGCUAUCCUUGAGAUUAAUGCUUUACACAAUUUGCGGCAUUUUCGGCUUCGGUCUAUAUUCCUUUUCGCAAGAUAUGAGCGAAAUCUACUUCGAUACGGACGUUGACAAACAGCUAGCUCAGCUUGGUCCCGACGUUGUGGACGCCGGUGUAAGAUUUUACGAUAAGGUACUGAAGAAAAACGUUGCCGUCCGUAAGCUGACCGGAGAUGAUUACUACACGGCGAAGGGAAAUGUGAACUAUAUGAUACGUCAGAAAGCAGCUCCACUAACGGUAAGGAAGGAGUUUUUCGUGUCCGGAUACAAAGAAUUCAUUGAUGAAAAGAAAAAGAGCUAGUAGGUAUGAGGGUAUGUAACUGAAUUGAA